AUGAAUACAACCACUACUGUCAAUCGGGAUCCGCUUCAUGUUGCAAUCUUAAAGAAUGUGAUCACUGUGGCCUUCUCCCUCGCUAUUAUCUACAUUAAUGGGACUCUGGUUCAUAUAUUCAGAAAACAUCAGGUUCUCAACACAAAUUCUCGUUACAUCCUGUACAUACACCUGGUAAUCAAUGAUAUCUUCAUGCUCGCAUUGAUGAUCCUCCUCCAAGUUCUUAGUUACAUUAUAUAUACACUCAAUGUCUCAUUUUGCAUCAUUAUGCUAAUGCUUGCCAUAGCUACAAAUCUAAACAACCCCUUAACGCUGGCUGCCAUGUCUCUAGAGUGCUACCUGGCCAUAUGCUUCCCUCUCCGUCACCCUCAGAUCUGUACAGUCAGAAAAACUUACAUUGUGAUCACUGUGAUAUGGGUCCUUAGUUUAUUGACAAUCUUACCAGAUCUGUUCAUAAUUAUUGCCACAAGACCUGCAGAGUACUUUCAUUCCAGGCUCUUCUGCUUGUGGGCUAACAUUUUUACAAGUCCGAUUCUUGAAAAGAAGAAAGAUGUAUCCAACAUUUUGUUUCUAGUCAUUGUUUGGCUCAUACUUUUUUAUUCAUACUUUAGAAUACUUUUCACUGCACAGGCUGCUUCAGUAAAUGCAAAGAAAGCAAGGAACACUGUCCUACUUCAUGGCUUUCAGCUGUUGUUAUGCAUGCUAAGCUAUAUUCACAGUAUAUCAAUAGAGGGCCUGUCAAUGUUGUUUCCAAAAGAUACUUUAGCCAUUCGGUAUGUAAUUUCUCUACUGAUUCAGGUCAUGCCUAGGCUCAUCAGUCCGAUAGUUUAUGGCAUAAGGGACAAAAUGUUCAGACAGUACCUUAAAAGAUACUUGCUACCUUUAAAUUCAAACAUUUAUCCAGAAAAUGGAUAA